AUGUUCGCAAAAAACGACUUUCAGGUCAGUAAACGUCUUAUAUUAAGUCAAUUGCAGGCCCUCAAGAACGAAAAUCAACGGUUGAAAGAUCAACUGCUGGAAGCACGCAGAGAGAGGACAUCAGGAUCGCCUUUGCGACUUGAUGUUAGGUUGGUGGACAUUGAUUGUUUUGUGAGAUUACUAUUGAUGUUAAUAGACCCUUUAUUCAGCCCGCAAGCGCACUCCAAGUCACCGAACCAUGACCAUACUUACCGGACACCAUCGAAGAAGCCGAGGACACCGAAUCCUCCGUCACGCCUGUCGCUUUCAGCCACCAAUUCUCCGGCGCGCGCUGCUUACGGUCAAGAGCCAUGUUAUAACAGGAGCGACACGACAUUCGAGAACCGACCAUCGUGGGAUGAUGGUGACGGAAACCACAAAGGAUUUGAUGGAGGUGGAAUUUCUAAUAGAUCAAGAUAUGAACAGAGGAUUGUGCCACUACCACUUAAUAACUCGCCUGCACGUUUCGCGGAAAAUAAAUUCGAACAAUAUCCUCAGCACCAGUCGGUUCAGUCAUUUUCUAGGUCUUGCACGGCGUCCAGUACGCGCAUGACUUGGAGUGAAUUGCAUAAUACUGGAAAUGUCUUGCGACCGGCCACACCAAGGAUGGUCAAUUCAGGGGCAAGGACGAUUGCGAGUUUUCCACUAGCUCGAACAUCGCGACCAUAUAAAAGACCUCACCCAUCUUCACAUAAUGACUUCGCGCCCUUUUCAAUGUCACAUCCACCAAGAACUCCUAUUAGCAGGAACAGAGGAGCACUCCCAGGAUACAAGUGA